CGCCAUUACAGCGUGUUGGGUUGGUCUACAGCAGCGUCGCUGGGCUCCCUCUUCAAGAAAUCUGGGACACGUUUUGACACCGACCGCCAAGCAUGGCUCUCUGUGGUAACUGAAUAGCUAGUGUAAUUUGACACUUCAACUUGCCGUGCUCUACGGUAGUUGAUUCAGUCAGUCACUCACGUCGUUUUUUGGGGGAUCUCGUGUCGCCUUUGUGAAGUGGAAAGGAGCACCGUAAACACGAGGGUUUUGGAGAACUAAAACGGACCGUCCCGGACGUCUGAUUCACAAAACGGCUUCCUGCGAGAGGGCGAGGGAGAGACCCACCCACCGUGAAUACAUGGAGGGGCGGGGGAGGGGGUGGUGACCACAGCAGCAGUGCGGCGGGGGUCCACGUUCACGCAGACCCACUCCCCUAUUGGAAGAGACAACCGAGAAACGAGUUGGGCCUACGAGAAACCACAGGCACAUCCUCAUCUACUGAACAGAGGACCCCUUUAAUGGCUUUCCGGUAGCGCCUCCACCUCAUCAAGAUGAACACGCUACCCUCCAUGGACCGACACAUCCAGCAGACCAAUGACAGGCUGCUGUGCAUCAAACAGCACUUACAGAACCCGGCCAACUUCCAGACAGCCGCCACAGAGCUGUUGGACUGGUGUGGGGAUCCCCGGGCCUUCCAGAGGCCCUUUGAGCAAAGCCUCAUGGGCUGCCUGACGGUGGUGAGUCGGGUGGCCGCCCAGCAGGGCUACGACCUGGACCUGGGCUACCGGUUGCUAGCGGUGUGCGCCGCCAACAGAGACAAAUUCACCCCAAAGUCCGCAGCCCUGCUGUCGUCGUGGUGCGAGGAGCUGGGUCGCCUCCUCCUGCUGCGGCACCAGAAGAACCGUCAGAACGAGCCCCAGGGGCCCCAUAAAGGGCCCCUGCAUCCCCAGCCCAGUAUGAACAGCAUGAAGCCGGGCCUCACGCACAGCGAUGGGUCCUUUCCCUACGACUCGGGCCCCUGGCAACAGAACACAAACCAGGCCCCCGGCUCGGUUUCCGUCGUCACCACAGUGUGGGGUGUGACCAACACGUCGCAGAGUCAGGUGCUGGCCAACCACAUGGCGAACAGCAACAACCCCAUGAACCAGGGGGGCAACCCCAUGAACGCCGGCAUGGGGGGCAGCGGGCCGGGGCUCAACCCGCAGCAGUUCAGCGCUCAGCAGCAGCAGCAGUUCGCUGCCAAGGGGGGCCCCAAUCAGCAGUACAUGCAGCAGGGCAUGUACGGCCGGCCUGGGUACCCUGGGGGGCCUGGGGGAUACGGCCAAGGUUACCCGGGGGGCCCCAACGGCGGUCCGGGCGGGAUGGGCAUGGUCCCUCACUCACGCUCACCGGGCGACUUCACCCAACCGGCCGCUGCUGCCGCUGCCGCCGCCGUCGCCGCCGCUGCCGCCACGGCAACGGCCACGGCGACGGCCACCGUGGCCGCUCUUCAGGAGAGCCACAACAAGGACAUGAACCAGUAUGGCCAGAUGUGCUCCUCAUUUCAGAUGGGCCCUCAACAGUCCUACAACAGCCAGUUCAUGGGCCCGCGAGGCCCUCCCGGAGGCAUGAAUCCGGCCAACAUGGGGUCGCCCAUGAACCCCAACAUGAACGGCCCCCCCAUGGGCAUGAACCAAACUCGAGCGCCAGGCAUGAGCCCCUUCGGCCCUCACGGCCAACGGAUGCCCCAGCAAGGCUACCCCGGAGGACCCAGGCCGGGCAUGCAGAUGCAGGGCAUGAAGAGAGCGUAUCCUGGAGAGGCCAGCUACGGAGGUCAACAGUACGGGCCCAACGGUCAGUUCCCUCCUCAGCAGGGCCAGUACCCCCCGUCCAACGCCUCCAGACCCCUGCCCUCUCCCAACUACCCCGGCCAGAGGAUGCCAGGGCAGCCGGGCCAGGGACAGUACCCCCCCGGGAUGCCCAUGGGCCAGUACUACAAGCAAGAGCAAUUCAACGGUCAAAGUCCUAACUUCCCUGGAGGCGGAUUCUCUUACAGCCAAGGCAACGGGCCCUCGCGACCGGGCAACUACCCCCACUCCCCUGUCCCGGGUAACCCAACACCGCCCAUGACCCCGGGAAGUACCAUCCCCCCUUACCUAUCCCCCAACCCGGACGUCAAGCCCCAGUUCCCCCCCGACAUGAAACCAAAUAUGACAGCACUUCCUCUUCCGCCUGGCAACCCCAACGAGGAGCUGCGGCUGACCUUCCCAGUGAGGGACGGGGUGGUGCUGGAGCCCUUCAGGCUGGAGCACAACCUGGCCGUCAGCAACCACGUCUUCCACCUGCGGCCCUCCGUGCACCAGACACUCAUGUGGAGGUCGGACCUGGAACUGCAGUUCAAGUGCUACCACCACGAGGACCGGCAGAUGAACACCAACUGGCCGGCGUCCGUACAGGUCAGCGUCAACGCCACGCCCCUCACCAUCGAGAGGGGCGACAACAAGACUUCCCACAAGCCCUUGCACUUGAAGCAUGUCUGUCAGCCUGGGAGGAACACCAUCCAGAUCACGGUCACCGCCUGUUGCUGUUCCCACCUGUUUGUGCUGCAACUGGUCCACAGACCAUCUGUGCGCUCAGUCCUCCAGGGUCUGUUGAAGAAGAGGCUUCUACCGGCAGAACAUUGCAUCACCAAAAUCAAGAGGAACUUCAGCAGUGUCGCUGCCUCUGCAGGCAACGCCACCCUGAACGGGGAAGACGGCGUGGAGCAGACAGCCAUUAAAGUCUCCCUCAAAUGCCCCGUCACCUUCAGACGCAUCCAGCUGCCGGCGCGCGGACACGACUGCAAACACGUCCAGUGUUUUGAUUUGGAGUCCUACCUGCAGCUCAACUGUGAGAGAGGAACGUGGAGGUGUCCUGUAUGCAAUAAAACGGCGUUGUUGGAAGGCCUGGAGGUGGAUCAGUACAUGUGGGGUAUCCUGAACGCCAUCCAGAAUUCUGAAUUUGAGGAGGUCACCAUCGACCCCACCUGCAGCUGGAGACCGGUGCCCAUCAAGUCGGAGCUGCACAUCAAGGAGGACCCCGACGGGCCCCUGGCCAAACGCUUCAAGACCAUGAGCCCCAGCCAGAUGACCAUGCCCAACGUGGUGGAGAUGAUCGCCCAGCUGGGGCCUGGUUCCGGACCGGGUCCCGGCUCUGGACCCGGGUCUGGUGUAGGCCUCGGACAUGGUGGUCCCGGUUCUGGUCCGAGCCCCUACCAGUCUCAUCCUGGUCCACAUGGCGGGGGAGACUACGCUGGACCAGGCAACGGUUUCCACGGUCACGGGAACUUUGACUUCCCCCACGGUAAUCCCUCAGGUGGGGGAGGUGGAGGAGGACCGGGUACAGGAGGAGGGGGAGGGGGAGGCCCCCCUAUGAGUGACUUCAUGCACGCCCCCCAGCUCUCCCAUCCCCCGGACGCCCCUGGUGGUCUGAUGUCCCAGGACAAGCCCCUCAACCAUGGGAUGUCCGACUCACCUCGAUCUCACUUUUCCUCUCUCUCCCCUCACCUUCAGAUGUCCCAUCCCGACCACUCCCACAAUGCCAUUCAGCAGGGCAUGCACAUGUCUCCGCACCACGUGCACCAAUCGGGGCAGUCGUUGCAUCACGGCGGCCAACCGGGGCAGUCGUUGCAUCAUGGCGGCCAAUCGGGGCAGCCGCCUCGCCAGUCGUCGCAGCCCCAGUCCCAGCAUAGCGGGCCUCAGCAGCAGCAGAACAGUCACCCCCACAGCGAUCUGAAUUUUAACCCCUCUUCGGAUGGGCCAAUGGGGCAGGGAGCCCAGGACAUGCCCGAGCCCUCCCUGGAUCUGCUUCCAGAGCUGGCCAACCCUGACGAGUUGCUCUCCUACUUGGACCCUCCUGACCUUCCGACCAAUAGCAAUGAUGAUCUCCUGUCCCUCUUUGAGAACAACUAGCCCCAACGACUAUACCUUUUCCCCAUUGAAACCGUCCCCCACACAGGGUGUCAUGACGGUUGCGCGAAAAGUGUGUGUGUGUGUGUGUGUGUGUGGGUGUUUUCUGUCAAUAGACACUCCGACUAACCUCUGACCUCACACGGGUCGGACAGCUCCCUAUGCAUGCGAAUGCGCAUAUAAACACACACACACGCACACAAACUUGACUGUCGUCUUUGCAAACGGAUGUGUUUGAUAGGAACUUGUCUCACGCAAAGAUCUUCGUCGGGAAGUGUGUGGGAAUCGAUAAGAAGCCCCCCCCCCCCCCCCCCCCCCGCCCUCCUCCUCCUCACCUUUUCAGUGUAAAGACCCCCAACCCACAUCUCCAAUGCUUCUGAUUUUUAAACAACACCCACACCACGGCCAUGUUGGCUGGCACUAAAAUUGAUAUUAUAUAUCCAUAUAUGAUAUCUAUAUUGACUAUUUGAUGACUACAAACUGUGCAGAUAUAAUCAUUUCAUUUGUAAACAACACAGAGGAGAACCCUUUGGAAAUAGGAAGGAAAAAAAAAGUGUUGUAGCUUUUUAAUUAUGUAUUUCCUUUUUGUGAAAGAGUGAAAAUGAAAGAAGUGAAAGAAAAAAAAAGAUUUUAAAGAAUUACAGGAGAAACAUUGUUUUUAUCCUAUCUGAAACGAGUUCUUCCAAGACGUUGGCACAGGCCGUGACCUUUGAACCCUGACUUCCUGGGAGGGGUUUGUGACGCUUUGUCACGGACAUCUCCUUGCUAACUGGACCUCAACACAGGACCUCUUCACACUCACAGCACUAGAAAGAUAAGCUAAAAUGUCCUCUGGUGUCAACACAGAAGCACGCUGUCCCAAGGUACAGUUUUUGCAGUCUAACAGGUGUGUACGCAAAGAUUUUGUAUGUGUGUGUGUGUGUAGGGAUGUGUGUGUACAAAUGCAUGUAUUUGUGUGCGCCCACCUGUGUGCGUAUAUGAGCGGAUGUGUGUGUACAAAUGCAUCUGUUUUUGUGGGCACCUGUGUCUGUUUAUGGAUGCAUGAAUUUUGGGUGCGCACCUGAUUGUGUGUGUUUGUGUACAGAUGUGUGUAUGAAUGCAAAUGUCUGUAUAGAUGUGUGUGUGUGUGUUUGUAUGAAGGCAUGUGUGUGUACAGAUGUGUGCGUGUGUGUGUGUGUACGAUUGAAUGUGUUUGUAUGAGUGUAUGUGUCCGUGUGCUUGCGUGCGUGCGUGUUUGUUUGUGUGUGUGUGUGUGUGUGCAUACCUGUGUAUGUGUUUGUGUGCACUUUAGUUUCCUUAGGUGCGUAUGUGAAUUUCAGCAGGCAAAGAAAACAGAAUUGGAAAAAUAAAAGGGAAAUCAUACAAAGAUGGACGUGACAACAAAAUCCACUCUAAUGGGUCUGGUCUUAGUGCAUUAGUCCCUUCUGGUCCGGCCCCUGUAUCUUUAGUUUUGUUGUUGAUAUUUAUUGUGAUGUUUUGUCGUCCCCUCAUUAAAUUGAGUCCCCCACUUUGUUCUAAAGUGCACGUGUGCCAACAGUUCCCUGCUUUUUGUCUCUUUGUACUAAACAUGCUUCAUCCUUUCCUGGUCCACUUAUCUUCUUAUGUACCCUUCAUAUUUAUAACUUCCACCUCAAUCUCUGUUUCCAUUUUUUUUCUCAUGUCCCAUAUCACACACUUCAAUGUAUUCAGAUACACAGCCCUAAAAGUUAUGCAGUGCUUUUUAAAUUUAGGUUCAGCCUGGAUCGUGUUUGUUUACGUUAUCGUUAUAAGUACAGAUCGUGCAGUUACAACAUCCUGCUAACAUUACGUUUGGUCCGUGCAAACUCUUGAUAACAAGAGGAAUAAAUUACGAAAGGACACAAUUAUGUGAAAUUGCUUUGGCAUUGAUCUAUCUGCGAUUGCACUCCCUGGCGCACCCACACUUGCAAGAGGGAGUAUUCACUGUAAUCCUUCCACAGCAUCCAUACAAUCAGAUGGAGAGCUUCAGUUCAGUUGGGUUGAAGAGUUUUUGCGUUUCUCUGUUUUUGCUCAAUCUCAGCCUCGAGCGUCAUUGCUGAAAUCUAUCAUGCAUGUAAUUUACUGUAUUUCAUUUAUGUUAAUUUGGAGUGGCAGAUAGUGUCAUGGCCGUCGUUAUUAUUUGAUUUUGUUCGCUGGAUAAUCAACACCUUGGCCACAGAGCCACUGCUUCAGAGCUUCAUGCCUGAAUGCCUCAUUGUUCGUUUUCAUUUUCUUUAAUUUUUUACAAAUGUCUCCUAUUUAAGUUGAAUUCAUACCGCUCUCAUGUUACUGCCACGCUACAUUCUUCCUUUUUAUGAAGGAAUUAACCCAAUUGCGUAACUCUUUUUUUACCUAUCUGUUGCAAAAAAAAUCCAUUUCAUAUAAAAUACUGCCCUGUGAAUUAUUUGUGAUUGUAGCAAAUAAUUAAUGUAAUAUUUUUUACCUGGCUAGUACAAAAAUUUAAAUUUCUCAAGAAAGACAGACUCGCCCACGCAAACACACACACAGAUACAAAUACACACAAAAAGAACUUGAUGGAAAGCGCAUUAUUGUAAUAAUUAAAUCACCUUUACAAACAUACUUUCACUGUCCAUGCCAGCAGAUAUCCCCCUUGUUUCUGUUUAAUUUCCACUGUGACAAUGCAUCAGUUCAAAUAAUUUGUGGACACAUCAAGCAGGACAAAGUAUGAAUUACUUAUAAAAAAUAUUUUUUUUACUUGCUUGUGUUUUAUGUUUGUUUUCAUCAUCCUUAUAUGUCCAAAAUAGCCUGUACAUUUGUUUGAUAUUGAAACAAAUAAUCGUGUGUAUUUUAAGUGAGAAUAUACAGAAUAUUCUGUAAUUUCUUGGCCGGGGAUGAGCUUUUUGAUACUUGUGGAGGGAAAAGUGUGAGGAUUGUUUGUAUUUGUAUCACAUUUUAUAUUGUUUUAACUUUAAAUUAUUAUUUUGUCGAGUGUCUUCUUUUUUGUUUCAAUGAUUGAUUUAAUUUGGUAUGAAUGUAUGCAGUAAAGGAAAUUUAAAUAUUUCUUGUUGACUAGCUUAUCUCAAAAUGGAUAUUUUACUCAUUUAAAUAACAGAACACAACAGUCAAUGUGUGUGUCCUCAGAGUUCGGCGUCUUUCAUGUUUCACAUAUCAUAGUUAAAUCAAUAUGUAUUGGUUUGUUUAUCUGUCUAUCUAUUUGUUUGCACUGCCACAUUUGAUAUAUUAUGAUUCCAUACACAGUGUAUCACAACUUCCAAUUCAACCCUCCACAGGAAAAAAAAUCUAAAAGAUUCAUUUUUGAUGCUCCCUGCCCAGUCACAAAUUGUACAGUUUGGUCUACGUCCUGAAUAUAGAAAACAAGAAAGACAAAAAAGAGAUAUAUUGUAAAAUGAAACAUAAGUCCGGAGAGUUCCCCUCCCUCCCCUCCUAUAUUCGAUCACAGGUUUGGAUGUAGCAAAAAAGAGGGGCGGUCGAUGUACAUAAUGUAAAUGACAAAUAGACACGUUAACGGAAAGUAUUCAUUUUCUCCAGGGGAGGGGGGAGGGGGAGUGUGCAUAGUGUAUCUAGAAUUUGUAAAGCUUGCAUUCUCCUGUCAGACAUUGCGAAUUGAGAGAAUGGAACCAUGUUUGAUGGCGUCUGUGCGGACCACUCUAACCACGCCUGUUCAUUUGUGUAAAAAACUUUAUGUGCCCCCCAAAAUGUUGCGGUGUCGGUGGUGAAGGGGGGCGGGAAACAACCUUUUUUUUCAGUUUGUGUAAUAGUGAACCUCCGUGUACUUCUCUAUUGCCUGUGUACUUUAUAAAGGUGCUACAAAACUAUUCGGAGCCUUUAAAGGUAUAAUUGGGACUCGGGAGACGUGGAGCCAUGAUGUUUGGCGCCUAGACCCAAAUCAAGUUUGUACAAAAUUUUGUCAAAUUUUUAUGCAAUUUGGCAAAAUUUGCUCGAAAAUGUACAAUCUGGAGCCAUUGACACACACGGUGACAGUUUUCUCUUUUGGUUUUUGUACAUUCUGUGUACAAUUAUUUCAUAUUCUAAACUGGUCAGAUAAACAUAUUGUGAUUUUUAGUCUUGCAAAUCUGUAUGUAGUUAGAUGAUGUGACAUCCUAAUAUUUAUCUAAUAAAUAUGUAUUCAGAUGAAACACAAUGUA